AUGUCUCUUGAUAACUUUUUUGCGUCUACUGCAUCGAGCAAAAAGAAGAAAGGAGGUCGGAAAGCUGGGGCUAAUGCUAGCAUAGCCGCAGCUAAUCAAAACGACCAAGACGAUGCGGCUGAAGACAUGGAGCAGGGCUGCACUGUGAGCGAUGUGGAAGAAGCUAACACUCUAAAAGAAGACAUCAUAGUAGAGCGGGUUACCAAGAAUAUCGAAGAAAUAAUGGACAGAAAAGUAACUGCAAUUCUUAAACCAGUCUCUGAACUUGCAGAAAAGUUUGAUAGUAUGACGCGGCGAAUGGCUGCCGCUGAGCAGCGCAUCUCUGAUCUGGAAGACGCAACAACGAGAAGCGCGCCAAGGAUUGAAAGCAUGGAGAAAACUAUUGGAAAAACACUGGAAAGGCUGGACAGCAUCGAAAACCAAAGCAGGCGCCAGAACAUUAAGAUUAUGGGACUAAAAGAAGGCAUCGAAGGCAGAGAACCGGCGGCUUUUUUCGAGGAGUGGAUUCCUAAAGUGCUGGGACUGCAGCAGACACAGAUCAAAAUUGAAAGAGCCCACCGCACCGGACCCCCGGCCGGACGAAGGGACCCAGACCACCCACGGGCAGUCCUGUCUAAAAAUUCUACGGCUGUAAAAAAUAUUCUUGAGGAACUGAAUUUAAUAGACAUAUGGAGGCAUUUUAACCCCUCCAUAAAAAGUUUCACUUUUCACUCGUUGCCACAUUCAACGAUGACACGCAUUGAUUAUUUGUUUAUGUCAAAUCACUUGGUCCACCUCGUGGAAGAAACGGAGAUAGGAACUAUUUCCCUCUCUGACCAUGCUCCUUUUAGGCUGGCAAUGCAUCCGCCCAGACCAUUGGAUCGCACAGCCUCAUGGAGGUUAAACAGAUUGCUGCUGCUAAAUGAAGAUUUUACAAAAUUGCUAGAAGAGCAGACAGACAUCUUUCUAGAAUUCAAUGACAAUAAUAAUACUGACCCCAGAUUGGUAUGGGAUGCUUAUAAGGCAUAUAUGCGGGGUAUAAUAAUAUCAUAUUCCAGUCGUAAGAGGAAAGAACAAUUAGCAGAACAAAAUAAAAUUGAAAACAAAAUUAAAAAAUUGGAAGAGGAAUAUAUUUUAUCUAAAUCUGGUAAAAUUCUAGGGGAACUCAAAACAACCCGGGCCUCACUAUCUGAUCUGAUAACAAAGAAAAGGAUAUAUUAUUUGCACGGCAAAAGUUCUUCGAACACGGACGAAAGUGGUCAUCGUCAUAUGGAUAACAGACGCAUAAAUGAAUGCUUUAAGCAGUUUUAUGAAAAAUUGUAUUGUUCUGAAGUAAAAAAAGAUGCACUAGAGCAUGAACUGCUGGAUGAAGUUAACCUCAUUAAGAUGAUAAUUCUCCCUAAGUUGAUUUAUCCAGUGUCUAUGCUGUUUUUGUUUAUUGACCCUAAAGACUUAGCUGGAAUCAAUAAAGCAAUAUCAGAAUUUAUUUGGGCAGGCAGGAAACCUAAAAUUAAAAUGGAGGUUUUACAACUUCCCAGAACCUUGGGUGGAUGGGGUCUGCCCAAGGUUGAGAACUAUGUACUGUCUAUACAUGCAAGAACUAUUUCACAGUGGGCUAUCCAAAAACACGCUAAUCCAUGGCUCGAGAUUGAGGAAAGUGUCUGUAAACCUUGUCGCCCUAUAAAUAUGCUAAAUAAACAAAACAGAGAACUACCACUCAUGGUAAAAAAUAAUUUUUUAAUUACUAACACAAUUAAGGCAUGGGGCAUUUUGAGGAAAUUGUUUGGUCAGAACAAAAAUUUUUCGUCUCUGACAACACUUGUAGAUAAUCUGGAUCUGACAACAUUUGAGGACUUAAGAACACAAUAUGACAUCGUCUCCAGGGACUUUUAUAAAUAUCUUCAAGUAAGGCAUUAUGUCAAGGCAAAAAUGGACUCACUUGAGUUCCCAGGGGAUUAUUAUUUACUUGAAAACAGUAUUCUCGAUUGUCAUAAACGUGGGAAAUUUGUGUCAAGAUUCUAUGCCAUAUUACAAGACCUAAAGAAAGAUAAUAUGGAGAAGUUGAGAACAACCUGGAACAUAACUCUGAAAAGUACAAUUGAUUUAGAG